ACUGAAUGUGCUAGAACGGGCAACAAUAACCUAAACGCAUACAAAAGUUUUUCACCAUGCUAAACUUUCAAUAAGCCCAUGCGAAUGGCAUUUACAUUUAUCAAGCACCGAAAGCGAGCUUCACGACUACUGAACAAUGAACUCGAGUCAACCAGCCUUGCCGAAACCAUCUUUAUUGGAGAUAUUUCGGUUCCAGUGCCCUAAUGUCUAUUUCACGGACCCAACCAGUGCUAUGCCCGCUGUGGGGAUAAGUGCCAUUCAAUCUGCGAAAGAGCUUAUCGAUAGCCGAGCGCCUGGCUUCCUUCCAAUUUUCCCUCCAAGCUGGGAAAAGUAUGGCCUUUUCUCUAAUACGAGCGGGCCAUAUGGAUCUGAAGGCCACCCCCGAACUGAAUGUAACACUCUAUUCCCGCUGUCCAUUUUGCACAUGGCCCAGGAAGUUUAUUUAUGUCUUUUUCAAAUUGUCCAAUAUUUUUAUGUUAUCAGGCGUAUGCGUCUGUUGAAGCUUGAUAGAAUGCGAGGCCAAAAGAAUCUCUCAGAGAAGAGGUCAGCACGUUGAUGGCCUUUCCGUCGACCUUACGCUGGCUGAAAUAUACAGUCAUUGGAAGACAGCUGAAGAAGAGUUAAGCUCUGCGAGAAAACUACAGUUUCA